GCAUUUCAGUCGAACAAUGGAAGAGCUUGUUCACGAUCUUGUCUCUGCACUGGAAGAGAGUUCUGAGCAGGCCCGAGGUGGGUUUGCUGAAACGGGAGAUCAUUCUCGAAAUGUGUCUUGCCCUCUGAAACGCCAGGCCAGGAAAAGGAGAGGGAGGAAACGGAGGUCCUAUAAUGUUCAUCACCCUUGGGAGACUGGUCACGGCUUAAGUGAAGGCUCCGAUUCUAGUUUAGAGGAAGCAAGUAAGGACUAUCGAGAGAACCACAACAAUAAUAAGAAAGACCACAGUGACUCUGACGACCAAAUGUUAGUGGCAAAGCGUAGGCCAUCAUCAAACUUAAAUAGCAGUGUUCGAGGUAAAAGACUUCUGUGGCAUGAGACUGAUUUUGCUGUGGACAACCUUGGGAACAGAACUCUGCGCCGCAGGAGGAAGGUAAAGCGCAUGGCAGUGGAUCUCCCACAGGACAUCGCCAACAAAAGGACAAUGACCCAGCUGCCUGAAGGGUGCAGAGACCAGGAGAUGGACAAUGAUAGAGCUUACCAGUAUCCAGAGUUUACCCGGAAUAAAGUUAAAAAAAGGAAGUUGAAAGUGAUUAGACAAGGACCAAAAACCCAAGAGGAAGUAGUUUUGGAAAGUGAAGAAAUGAGCCAAACCAAUAAGGACAAAAUGGAAUACGAAGAACAAAAAGUCUCAGAUGAGCUCAUGAGCGAAAGUGACUCCAGCAGUCUCAGCAGCACUGACGCCGGCUUGUUCACCAAUGAUGAGGGAAGACAAGGGGACGAUGAACAGAGCGAUUGGUUCUAUGAGAAGGAGUCAGGGGGAGCCUGUGGUAUUGCUGGAGUUGUGCCCUGGUGGGAAAAGGAAGACCCUGCAGAGCUAGACAGAGACCUACCUGACCCCGUGUUUGAAAGCAUCCUCAGUGGUUCUUUCCCCCUCAUGUCACAUCCUGGCAGAAGAGGUUUCCAAGCUAGACUCAGUUGCCUUCGUGGAAUGCCUUCAAAGAAUAUUAAAAAAUCUGGAGGGGCUCCACCUUCAAUGGCUGCAAACUGGACCAGUGAGAUUCCCCUAUAAACCAAAUCUUCUAUUGCUAAUAAAUUAGUUACGUUUUGAACACCUGGGGAAUGGCAUUCGAGGGACCCUGGCUCCUGUCCUCUUCCCUGGAGGAAUACACUGAAGUGCGAGCCUCUUUGAUGCAGACCUGGGGCUGUUUUGCUGCAGGACUGAUGUUUCUUUUAGCCAGAAGUGAAUCUGAUUGGGGAGGAUUCCCUGAGAUGUAGGUUGGCCCAGGGUGGAUACAAACUACUGUAUAUUUUAUAUAUUUUUCUCUCUUGUGGUUUUUAACAUUGGAUCUAUUUAUGUAUUGCUUGCUUUGCCAAAUGCUAACAAGAGAUAGAAAAUUGAAAACUAUAUUUAACCCAAGUAUUCCUUAAUAUUUCUAUGACUGGUUAAGAUUCAGCUUUUAAUCUGACGUGUGAAUAAAAAAAUGAUGUAUUGCCAUUCAUGGUUCAUUUUAAAACAAGUCUUCUAUACCAGCAUUAUUUAAAAUACUGUGUUUUACUCAGGGUACUUUGUUUAGUAAGGGCCGAUAUAAGUAGGUGAGGUUGAUAAUCUUUGCUCGAGUUUAUCUUUUGUUAAGUUUAAUUCCUAGUGGAUAAUUGUUCUGUAUUACAAACCUGUUGUAUUUUAUACUAUAGUCUUCAUUGUACUGCGAAAGUCAUCCUACCUCUAAAACUGCACAGUGAUCCCAAACUAGUCUAUAUUAGGGAAUCACUUGCUGUCACAUUGUCAUUGGUGUGUGUCUGAUCCCUGAACUGGUCACAGCUGCCUCACUGUCUCGGAACUUGAUGAAAUCAUGUGAACCUGGCGUUUUAACAAUGCUGCAUGACUGAAUCUCACUGUUAUAUCUAUAGUGAGAUGCUUGCUCUUCCUUGGAUGGCAUUCCGUGUGUGCCACCGAGUUUUAGAAAUAUUUGUGUAAGAUCAUUUUCAUCAAGCAGGAGGGAAAUAAAACAUUCCCAUUGGUGGCAUAAUUCUUAUAAUGUUAUUUUUAAUUGAUUAAUGUUUUUGGUGAUUUAAUGUUUUCGUAUUGUAUGGUUUAGAUGUCAUUUCAUUAUUUAAUGGCUAAAUUAAAUAUGAUGGAAGGGAACCAAAGUUGACAUUACCUUACCCAAGACGAUUGUGGUCUGAAAAAUUUAAAAAUGAAGUAGGUAGGAAUGUAUGACAAGAAGUCGAAGGUGACACGGUACAAGUUGGCCCUCCUGAUUGUCCCAUGGAAAAGGUGGGUGAUGUGCUUAAUAACUGAAUUAAGGUUUUUAUACUGUCUCAGGGCAAAAAUUCGUGCUUUUUUCCUGAAUUACAGAAAUGCUUUUGUUUUGUAUGAUGACUGUCCUUUAAGUCUGAAUAAGUCACUUGCAUGCCUCAGCCUAUGAUCUUUGCCUCACCAAUCAUGAAUCUAGAUGAGUACUAUCUCGUUCUUGGCUCAGCUUUACCUAUUUUUGUUUUUGGUCCACUGCUUGCUUGAGCAUAGCUGGGAUUUGUAGCCCAUUUUCUAGGCUUAUUGCCGCCUCGCUGUGCUGUUUUAUAGAAGCUAUUACGACGGAUAGACUGGCUUCAUGGUGGUGAUGAUACAUGGCUGCGCCAUCCUCGGAGCUGCCUCCGUCUAAAUUGUGAAGCGGUGAUUAGACUGCACUUCACAGAGAUUUCCAUGUAUGUGUGUUUAACAUGGGCCCAGCACAUUGCUCUAUUCAAAAUUCUACUGAACACAUGGGACUCCUUAAGGUGUUUUUCUCUCAACCCUGGAUUGUCCUUGUUUACAUUUUUACAUACUGUAAAUUUUUUUCCAAUAAAAUCUCUGACUUGAGCAAGAAAGGUAAGAUUUUCAGUUUGUGCUGAUGUUUUCUAAUUCUCUGUAUGUUUUGCUACCUUAAAAAUUUUAACCUGCUAAGACAGUCACAUUAAAGGUCAUCCAUUAUUUCUUAUAGUAAGAAAUUAAUUUCAAUUAGCAUAGACUCACACUGGGAAGCCAAAGUGUACAUGAGAUAGAUUCAUUUUAGGAGCAAACGCCAGCGUGUGUAGAUGCAGCCUUUGAGCAGAAUGGCAGCAGAGGGUCUGUGGUGGUUGACACCUCCAAACGUGCAGUGAGGAGCGCACGAGAAGGAAGUGACAGUGGGAACUGCCUGAAGUAGGGGUGUUUUCAGUUAUUGCCCUCAUUCCUGUAGGUUGUGUGUGGGUCUUGGGUCCUCAUGUCCCCGUCAGCUGUGGACUGAAUAAUGUUGUGUGUGUAUUUAUGUUUAUAGGUGUUUACUGUGUAUUGUUGAUUCCCAAACAUGGAAUAAUGGAUAAUAGCACCAUCACCGAAGCCUGAACAAACUUUUCUAACGUGUGUUCUCUCCAUAAGGCUCACCGUGGCCUCCUCAUGCUUAGUAACAUGACAGACUCCACUUUCAGCUUGAAUUUGGGGCCAUUGAAGGCAGGAAAAGCACGAGAAAGCACAGAGCUCCAAUAGAGCAGUCCUCCUUCCAUAGGUCACAGAGCCGGGGCUGCAGGAAGGAGGCCGAGUGAGGUCCUGCUCCCUUUGUCCCCUGAGUUCUCCUUCCUUCCUGAGGCAGCUCACAUUGUUCACUGCUGUGCCCAUGCCCAUGAAUAUCUGCAAAAGUUCUCAAUAUUGCUUUUCAGGUUGCUAGCUGAUAAUAAUAUUUCAAAUUUGGAAUCUGCAAGGAGGAACAAGGAAUGGCUGUGUAUUUGUGGAAGGCAGAGUGGUCACAUGUCAGAUCCUGCAUAUCAGAUACUUCAUGAUGCUACAGUGUGAUGAAGUAGCAAUGAAAGAACUUUAUGGCUGGGGUCUCUACAACAUGAGGAACAGUAUUUGAGGGCUGUAGCAUGAGGAAGGUUGAGAACCAAGGUUUCUUCUUUUGUGAAAUAGAGACGUUGUUUUCUCUAUUGACGUGCUGUCAGGCUUAAAUACGGUUAAAGUACAUAUAUAGGCUUAGGUCCAUCUUCAGUACAUAGUAUAUAAUAAAUAAUAAUCGCUGUUGUUAUUGAAGAUAAUAAACACAAUACCUGAUAAUGCAACUUAAUGUUAAUCUCCAAGUGUAGAAUUUGACCUUAAAUUUUUCAUGUUUUAUAUAUAAUUUAUAUAUAAUUUGACAUUACCUUAGUAGAGUCCUUUAUUUUAUAGGAUUUAGGUUUCUUUUGUAUCUUAUUUGUUUGAUCUGACUUUUGUCUUUAAUAUAGUUUGAAGAAUUUUUCUGAAUGAACUUUUAGUUAACAAGUUAAGCCUCAGAAUUGAACUUCAAGCUAUAAAGCCCAUUUCAUCAUGUCCCCUCCCUUUAAAUCAUUAAGCUAUUCUUUUAGACUGAGGUUUGAAUUCAGUCUUAUUCCUCUAAAAAAAAAAUAAUAAUUGUGCCCAUGCAUAUGUGAGAUUACAAGUCCUGAGAUUUUAUUCUUGAUAAGAAUUACUCACCUUUGGCAUGGUGGCAAGACUAGCAAUGCCAGCACUUGAGAGGUAGAGGCUGGAGACUAGGGAGUCAGCCUGUACUAUUUGAGACCUUGUUUCCAAAAACCAAAAAAGGGAAUUACUACUGUUGUGUGGCUAGAAACUCAGUUUGUUGGUAUCCUGCUAGCCAGCCUUUUAGUACCUAAUUUUAGGAGAAUUGUUACCCAGGAGAAUUGUUACCCAGAAGAUAACAGCCAGAAUCUCUGACAUUUCUAGACUAUAUUCAUUAAGUACAAUUCAGAAUGACAGCAUGAUAAUGAUGCCAGACUCGAGUUUGAGGAGACUGCUUUUACAACAUGAAUUCAAGGAACCUUACUAAAAGGUAGCUUUCUGUGGAGCCAGGAUGUCUUACUCUGCUUUCUUGACAGGAUCUCACUAUGUAGCCCUGGCUGGCCUCGAACUCACUGUGUAGGCCAGGCUGGCUUUGAACUCACAGAGAUCUGCCUGCCUCUUCCUAGCCCUGGGAUUAAAGGCGUGCUCCACUACACCUGGCUCAGGAUAUCCUACCCCUGAAUAUUCCAGUUAAUCUAUGUUUUCUUUGGGUGAGAGAUUUUUAAGUUCUAUUUUGUUUUGAACUAGUGAUUCAUCAGCAGGUAUAAUCUGCACUGAAGUUAUUCAUGUUGUGGUGACUGCUAAAACACUGUGGGAAAAGACUCAUCUUAAGACACAUUAUUGGAAAACCAUUCUUAUGGAAGACAUUGUAGUAAGGUAGAAGGCUUUGCUUUAAAUGUUUACAGUUGCUUGAAGACCGGUUUUGUGUGGUUACAUGAACAUGAAAGGUACUGGUGGUAUUUAUUUUGCCAAACAACAAUAACAACAAAAGAAUGUGAUUUAGUUGAUUUCCUUAUGUCUACAUUUUGAAAUUUAAGUAUAUAAACAAAAGCCGAGUGUUAGCCCUUCAUAUAAAUUGUAAUAUGUAAUACACUGUUCAUACUCACAGUACCUUGUGUCACUCAGAGCAAAGGAGGCGUGGUCUAUUCCAGGGCUGAGGCAGUUCAUUCAGUUGCUGACCAGGAAUGACUGUUAUAGGUGCUUUCUUUAUGAAGUUAUGUUGACAGGGACCAUCUUACUGUAGUGAGCUCUUCAUAUGUCCUGCUCAGUGUUUGUGCUGUAGUUUCUCAAUACUCUAGAGUAGGAAUAUUUAGGCUCUUUAUAGCCUUUUACUGAGAAGGCUCAUUUAAAAUGGAAUUGGUUUGAAUAAGGGAUUUAAAUAACCUAUUUUCUCAGACUAGUCAAAGCGAAAAGAGUUUAUGACAGAAAAUAAAUCUAAACUGACAUAAAAUAACAACACAACGAUAUUUUCAUUAUGUGGUGACUGUUACCCAAGCUUUUGUUAGUGGGAUUCAGCAGCUGAACCCUUUAGUAUCUUUCUGCCUGGAAAUUUGUAUGCCUAGAGUGUUUUUGUAGAUUGGAGAAUGUAUGUUUAGAAAGUUAUAUUCUAAGUUUGUUAAUUAUAUGUUAAUUUCAUUUUCUUUUCAACAUCAGCCUGAAAUCUAGAUUUUUAUAUAUUUUAAUCUUAGAAAUUUUCGAGAUAAAAUUGGUUCUGUAUUAUAGAAAAGUGCAAAUCAAUAAAAUGGUAAUAUUUCAUGGACGAAAUCCACUAGUGUGUUUACUUCAGAUUUUUUAUUUUGCUGUUGCUCUAUAUUUUGUAUUGCAAUAAUUUAAUAACAGUGGAUAACUAAAAAUGUAGAUACCAUAACAUUUAUUCUAUAUAAUUGAAUAGGAUUAAUAUUAAUACUGAUAUUCUUGGAUUAUAUUAUUAAAUGUGAAACAUAUAUAUAUAUAUAUAUAUUUAAUGGUGUAUAGUAGCAUAUUCAUUUAUUCACUUACUUGCAUUUGAAUGCUUGUUCUCCAUAUUCUUAAAACUCCUUAAAAAUAUAUAUACAGAUAAUCAAUCAUGAAAUUUUAAUGAUACAAGAUGUGACCACAUAUAUUUUUCCAUAGAUUAAAAUAUUUGUGCUUGCUGCUCUCGUGACUUAGUAUAGGUGUGGCCUCCUAUGCUGGAAUUUGGGGGUCUUCAAAAUGGUGGAAAUGUGCAGUGUGGAACACAACAGUGCUUAGUAUGUGCUAGAUACUUUCUGUAUACUGCUUACAUAUUUAAAUUAAUGUGAUUAAUAUUCCUAUAAUGUAGGUUUGUGUUUACAUCUUAAACUGUUUUUCCUGUGGGAAACCAAAAUUCUUAUGAUUUGGAAGUUUCUUCAUAUUGCUGUCAUGUUGCUAAUAAAUAUAAAUAAAUUCUCUCCCUAAA